GCUCUUUACAAAGCCUACAAAGCCUGCAAAGCUGCAAGCCAAGGUACACUACAUCCACAUAUGUGUCUCCGAAAAAAGUCGCUAAGCAUACGAAGUUACAUGGAAUAUGUACCCAACAAGGUAGCCACCCCUAAACUUUCUACCACUUAGGUACCCUACCUCCGACCGACCAUCGAAUUUAGGUGAUCGCUUUGUCUCGUCGACCUGCAGCAUCUAGUCCCUCGUUUUUUUCUAAUUACUGCCGUACAACAACCCUACCCGCGGCUGUAGCCUCAGCUUUUUACAGCUUUUCCGCCAACGUUUUCCACACUCGUUAUUGCUUUCUUGCCUAGAAUUUGCAUCACCAAUUAGACUUAUUGUCUGAGAUACCCCGCGGCCAUAGAUACAAUCAAUUUUUUCCAAUUUUUCCAUUUGGCCCGGCCCUGCUCAAAACCUCCGAGCCCUGUUCCCCGUCCACUCAGCCGGCAUCCCCCGGCGUUCGCUCGUUACCGACAAUUGAGUUGUUAUUAGAGUUAUACCGGCCGAACAGCAAUCGUUGCAGUAAUUCUAGGGGUCCAAUCUCUGUGAUGUUCGCGGAAUCACAAUAGAAACGAGCCUGCUGCGAAUCAAUGCUUGGGUCUGGGCUACGGCUCUAAGGACUACCUGUGUUCAUUCCUCUCUCCUCGUUAGCCAUUGCGGCGGCGAAUCACCCUCUCCCUGAGCAAUGGCUACGAUUACGAGUCCUCCGACCUCUCCGACCCCAUCUACCGCCUCUCCUGCCAGGUCUAUUCGCCGGAAACCUCUGCCCGUACCAAAACUCCCUCUCGGUCAACAUGAUCGUGCCGAUUCUCAAGAGAGCUUUGCCGACAACACCCUACCGACCGACACCAUGAUCGAGUCGCCGAAAAUCAGAGAGUUACCCGUGUCUCCGAUUAGACUAAACUUUCAGCCGGGCAAUUGGGCGCAACCGUCGAACGCGAGUAUCGAGAGCUACCAACAGGCACAGCGAAUAUCUCAUCCAAUGCCUGCAGCUAGGGGCGCGCGAGACAUCCCGGGGUAUUUAGAUGCGUACUUUCCCCAUAUUAGUACCUAUGAUCCGCCUAGGACUUCGUCGACACCUAAACAGACAUUUGCUGCCGACCUUCCUUAUAGAUCGUGUCAGGAGAGUCGGAAGAUUCUAAGUCCUACUCUGGCUCAGACCCAAGCAGGGUAUAUGGAAACCUCGGUUGUGCCGGAACCGGACGGUCGAAGCUUUAGCGAGAGCUCUCACAGCGAUGAUCCUAAUCGACAUAGUCGCGAAUCAGAUGCAACCGCGAGUACGCAGCAGCAGACAUCUACCGACUCGUCCGUCGAGACAAGCGCAAGUUCGAUCUCAGGAUGUCUCAAUGAAGCAUACGAGAGCCAAGUUAUCCCAGAUGAGACCUCUCAAGAAGAUUCUUUUACUGAGAACUCAUUACAAGGCAGUCAAUCAGUACCUCAGUUACAAUAUCAUCACCAGCCAUUUCUUCCGCGAGUCUCCAGCGUGCCAAUUGAGUCAAAUUCGAGAAAUUCUUCCAAGUCUGAUAUCCUCUCGGAUCCAGCUAUCCCUGUAAAUCGACACUUAACCCCAAACUCUAUUAUGAGGAGAAGCUCUAUGCCCCGGCCGCAAUCAACAUAUUCCGGAUAUUCCGAAUUGGACCCGCGCGGACGGUCGCCGAGUUACGGGGCCGUUCACGCGCGCACUCCUUCCGUCCAUUCUCGCAGAUCGCCUGAAACUAGACCGACUUCCUACGCAGAAUUGCUUAACGUGCCGUAUCCUCAGCAGGCUCCAGCUCCCAUCACAUUCGACAAUUCUUACCUGCGUAACAAUGUUGGAAGUAAUGCCUCCUUACUAAGUGCGCAGAAGACGCUGGAGAUGUACAGGCUAAAUGUAAAAAAGACAACCGACUUCUCUAUUCAGUAUUCAUUCGCUAUCUUUUUGAUCUCUACUGCACAGGAGCAAGGUUUAGAAUUUGAGGAACCUGUACGGAGAAAGGGUAGCCCGAAUAAAGAAACUCCGGACUCUUCGCCAUUAGAGUUGGUUCGGGAAGCUAAAAGCAUAUUAACAAGGUUAGCCAAUGGCGGCUAUCCUUUUGCACAGUAUUAUCUAGCCGAUGGCUUUGCGUCGGGUCUGUUUAACAAGGGCAAGGAAGAUUAUAAUGCGGCGUUUCCCCUCUUCGUUUUGGCCGCGAAACACGGCCACGCUGAGUCUGCUUAUCGCGCCGGACUAUGCUACGAAUUUGGAUGGGGAUGUAGAAAAGAUCCAGCCAAAGCAGUCCAAUUCCUACGAACAGCCGCAUCCAAGAAUCACCCAGGCGCUAUGACAAGACUUGGGAAAGCUUGUCUCUCAGGAGACUUGGGUGAAAAUCGGUACAGGGAGGGGGUUAAGUGGCUGAAGCGAGCCACGGAGUCGGCGGACACCAUGUACAAUGCCGCCCCAUAUCAUCUUGGCACAUUGUACGAAACUGGAUAUGGCGAUGACAUUUUUAAAGAUGAAGGCUAUGCUGCUGAACUAUUCACACAAGCAGCUGAGCUCGGACACCCUGAAGCAAGUUACCGCAUGGGAGAUGCGUAUGAACACGGAAAACUAAACUGCCCGCGAGACCCAGCCUUAAGCGUUCAUUUUUACACCGGGGCAGCAGAGCGUGGCCAUGCUGCAGCCAUGAUGGGGUUAUGUGCGUGGUACAUGGUCGGCGCUGACCCCAUCUUGGAAAAGGACGAGGAGGAAGCCUACGAAUGGGCUCGUCGGUCAGCAGAACUUGGCUUCGUAAAAGCUCAAUACGCCGUUGGCUAUUUCACCGAAAUGGGCAUAGGGUGCCGCCGCGACAUUCUCGAGGCCAACGUUUGGUAUGUCAAGGCAGCUGAUGCCGGCGAUGAGCGGGCUAAGCAAAGACUCGCUGCGAUUCGGGCCGCUGUGAGCGGCGGCGGGACGCCUAUGGACGUCGCCCCACCACGUAACGCGAAAAUGAAAAAGAAUCAGACGAAAGACGACAAGGAUUGCGUUGUAAUGUAAUACGUUCAUACGAUGGAGCUCGCUAGUUACGAAAUGCUGGGGAUUUCUGAUGACAAAGCCCCAUCGUCAAAUACCAGACAUGUCUAUGUUGGAAACCAUGCAGUACUCAGCAAGCGGUGCACCUUUUUUUUUUUUUUAGAAUACCCAAUGUCCCAACCCCUAUUCGGGUGUUUUUAAGUUAGGGGGGUCCGAUUUCAAAGCAACACAUGGGGAGGUUCACGUGGUAAACAUAACGAUUGUGAGAGAUAGGAAAGCAGGAAACUUUC